AUGUCUUAUUCCAAUAUAGACAAAGAAGAAAUAGAAGAGGAAGAGAUGGAAGAAGAAGAGUAUGAAGAAGAAUUGCAGGAAAAAGUUAAAAAUUCUUUGAUAGCUAUUAGAGCAAUUCUCCAGGUAUUACAUGAACUCAUAGUUAACACUUACCGUAAUUGUCAUGGAAUAAUUUCACAAAAUGUUUUAGCAGUUUACAACUUUGAUUUAGAAUUUAUGUAUGUGCUUAGUGGGCGAGAAGGAUCUACUCAUGAUUCAAAAGUAUUAAAUGAUGCUCUAUCUAAAUUUUUUUUGGUGAAUUGUGGAUUUCCAAAUCGAUGUCAAUUUUUAGCUCCUUUUCGAGGUAUUCGUUAUCAUCUUCAAGAUUUUUUAGGUCAAAGUCGUGACCCUGAAACUCCAAAUGAAUUAUUCAAUCAUCGUCAUGCUUCAUUGAGAAAUACAAUUGAGAGAUUAUUUGGUAUAUUUAAAUCCCGGUUUACAAUUUUCAAAACAGCUCCGCCAUUUCCAUUUAAUACAUAAGCAGAAUUAGUUUAAGCUUGUGCAAGAUUACAUAACUUUUUGCGCAAGGAGCGUCGUUCUGAUGAGUUUCCAGAAGAACAAGAUGAUGAAGGUUUAUCAUCUUCAGCAAUACUAGCUAAUGAGGAGGAUGAUUCUGAACCAAUUAUUGAGACUCAAGAAGAACAAAGAGAGCAUGCAAAUCAAUGGAGAGAUGCUAUAGCUGCUAAUAUGUGGAAUGAUGUUGAACAUUUUAAUGAUAAUGAAUAA